AUGUGGACUCAGCUCCUUCUAGGAAUAUUGACUCUAUCACCAGCCAUUGCAGAAAAAUAUCUCCCAAACUCUCUGGUGACAGUACCAGCCCAGCUUAACUUCCCCUCUACCCAGAAAGUUUGUUUGGCUCUGCGCCCGGGGUUUCAUGAUGUAAAAUUCACUAUUACUCCGGACACCCAGGACAAGACCCAGAAGUUGCUAGAAACCUCUGAAUCGAAGAAAAGGCACUUGCAGUGCAUCUCCUUUCUGGUACCACCUCCUGCUGGUGGCACAGAAGAAGUGGCUACAAUCUGGGUGUCAGCGACCGGAAGUAAUAUCAGCUUGGAGGAGAAGAGAAAGGUUCUAAUUCAGAGGCAGGGGAAUGGCGUCUUUAUACAAACUGACAAACCUGUCUACAACCCAGGGCAGGAAGUGCACUUCCGCAUUGUCACCCUGAACAGCAGCUUUGUUCCAGUGAAUGACAAGUACUCCAUGGUGGAGCGUUUCAUUACAAAUAGCAACAGGAUUGCACAGUGGCUGGAGGUGGUGCCUGAGCAAGGCAUUGUAGACCUGUCCUUCCAUUUGGCACCAGAGGCAACGCUGGGAACCUAUACAGUAGAAGUGGGGGGCACGACCUUUGGCACCUUCAGUGUGGAAGAAUAGGUGUUGCCGAAGUUUAAGGUGGACGUGAUAGAGCCCACAGUGGAAGAAUCCUUCUUAGUGAAAAUCUGUUGUAGGUACACCUACGGAAAGCCCAUGCUAGGGGUAGCCCAGGUAUCGGUGUGUCAAAAGGCAUAUACUUACCAUUUUCCAGAGGCAGAAUGGGAACAGCUACCUCACAAAUGCAGGAACCUUUCUGGACAGACUGACAAAGCAGGAUGCUUCUCCACUUCUGUGGACAUGUCCACCUUCAACCUCACUGGUUACAUGUACAGCCACACCAUCAAUAUUGUGGCUACUGUGGUGGAGGAAGGAACAGGUUUCCUUUGGCUUCUCACCUCCCCAGCAGCUUCCAGGAGCAGAUGUGGAAGUACAGCUACACAGGCAGCUCUUGGGUCCCUGCGUGCAGUCCGGGCUGUGGAUGAGCCUGGGUCCCUGUGUGCAGUCCGGGCUGUGGAUGAGUGUCUUACUAUAGGCCAGAGACAGCUGAGCAACAAUUCUGUCUAUAGGAUGUUCUCAUUCUGGUAUGGUCACUAUCAGGUGGCUGAAUAUGAUGAGUGUCCAAUGUCUGGCUCCUGGGAUGCUCCUCAGCCCCUCUCAAUUAUGUGGAGGCCUUGGUUCUCUGAAGGCACUUCACUCUCUGGUUUCUUUGGUGCCUCUCACGGCAUGGGCCUGAAAAUACUGUCCAAUGCCAAAAUUAAGAAGCCAGUAGAUUGCAGUCAACAGUCUCUAAAAUACAGCAUUGCAAUAUCUGGAGGUGAGCUACCUGGGUGGCUUGAGAGUUUUGAGUCAUCAUCAUCUUCAUCACUUCAGUCAGAGAACUCUCAGGUCCGCCAAUACUUCCUGGAGACUUGGCUCUGGGAUCUGUUUCCUACUGGUGACUCUGGGAGGGAGGCUGUCCAUGUCACCGUUCCUGACACCAUCACCGAGUGGAAGGCCAUGACUUUCUGUACCUCCCAGUCCAGAGGCUUUGGUCUUUCACCUACUGUUGGACUGACUGCUUUCAAGCCAUUUUUUGUUGAACUGACACUCCCUUACUCGGUAGUUUGUGGGGAAUCCUUUCGCCUUACUGUGACCAUCUUCAGUUAUCUGAAGGACUGCGUCAGGGUUCAGACUAACCUGGGUACAUCAGAUAAGUACCAGGUGGAAUCAUGGACAGAUUCUCGGAGCUCCAGCUAUCUCUGUGCUGAUGAAGCAAAAAGCUAUCACUGGAAUAUCACAGCUACCAAAUUGGGUCAUGUGAACUUUACCGUCACUACUAAGAUUCUGGACAGCAAUGAACUCUGUGAGGGGCAGAAGGGGUUCGUUCCAGCAAAGGGCCAGAGUGACACACUCAUCAAACCAUUUCUGGUCAAGCCUGAGGGAGUCCUUGUGGAGAAGACAUACAGCUCCUUGCUUUGCCCAAAAGGACAAGUGGCUUCAGAGUCCAUCUCCCUAGAGAUCCCUGUGGAUGUUGUUCCUGAUUCAAGCAAGGCUUAUGUUACGGUUCUGGGAGACGUUAUGGGCACAGCCCUGCAGAACCUAGAAAAUCUGGUACAGAUGCCAAACGGCUGUGGGGAGCAGAACAUGGUCUUGUUUGCUCCCAUAAUCUACGUCUUGCAGUACCUGGAGAAGGCAAGGCUGCUCACUGAGGAAAUCAGGUCUCGGGCAGUGGGUUUCCUGAAGCUAGGGUACCAGAAGGAGCUAACGUACAAACACAGCGAUGGCUCAUACAGUGCCUUUGGGGAGCAGGAUGGAGAUGGAAACACAUGGCUGACAGCGUUUGUCACCAAAUGCUUUGGCCAAGCUCAAGAAUUCAUCUUCAUUGAUGACAAUAAUAUCCAAGAUGCUCUCAAGUGGAUGGCAGUAAACCAGCUCCCCAGCAGUUGCUACGCCAAUGUGGGAACUUCGCUCAUUCACGCAGCUAUGAAGGACCUGAUGGUGAGUCAGGGUCUGCAGUGCCUCAGGGGCUCGGUUUCCUCCACUACCAGCCUCUACACACAAGCCCUCCUCGCUUAUACUUUCUCUCUGGCUGGGGAGAUGGACAUCAGAAACGCUCUUCUCGGAAAGUUAGACCAGCAAGCUAUCAUCUCAGGAGAGUCCAUUCACUGGAGCCCAAAGCCUGCUCCGUCAGUGGAUGCCAGACCUUGGUCUCAGCCUGAGGCUGUAGAUGUGGAACUGACAGCAUAUGUAUUACUGGCCCAGCUUAGCACAGCCAGCCUGACUCAAAAGAUUGCCAAGGACACUGCCAUAGUGGCUUGGUUGGCCAAGCAACGUAAUGCAUAUGGGGGCUUCUCUUCUACUCAGGAUACUGUAGUUGCUCUCCAAGCUCUCACCAAAUACACCACUACUGCCUAUGUGUCAUCUGAGGAAGUCAACCUGGCUGUAACAUCCACUGAGAAUUUCCAGCACGCUUUCAACAUUCAGGCUGCCAACCGGUUGGUACUUCAGCAGGAGACUCUGCCCAAUGUCCCUGGGGUGUACACCCUGGAGGCCUCCGGCCAGGGCUGCAUCUAUGUGCAGAUGGUGCUGGAAUACCAUAUCCCCCCUCCUAAAUUUGCGGACACCUUUAGUCUUAGUGUGGAAAUGGGAAAAGCUAGAUGUGAGCAAGCUAUUCCACCUUAAUCCUUGACGCUCGCUAUCCAUACCAGUUAUGUAGGGAGUCACAGCUCUUCCAAUAUGACCAUUGUAGAAGUGAAGAUGCUUUCCGGGUUCAGUCCGGAGGGCACCAAUCAGUUACUUCUGCAACAACCUCUGGUGAAGAAGGUUGAAUCUGGAACUGACAUACUGAACAUUUACUUGGAAGAUCUGAGUAAGAAGACUUAGACCUAUACCUUCACCAUCAGCCAAAGUGUAUUGGUCACUAACCUGAAACCAGCAACCAUCACAGUCUAUGACUACUACCUCCCAGAUGAACAGGCAACAGUUCAGUACUCUGACCCCUGUGAAUGAGGAUAGAAGUUGGAAAGAGACUAAUUUAAUCCUCUGUGACAUUACUGGACAGCAUUCUUCUGCUUCUUAAAGCAAACCACAUUCAGUCCACUAAUGUGAUUUCUCUGACUGACUAGUGAGUGAGUAACAGAUGAGCAGGCUUGAACUUCAGCUACUUUCUACUACUUCACAGAUGCAUAGGUGCUAGAAUAAAGGGCUGUGGGAAAUGGAGUAGGAAUAAUCACACAAAGGAGGAAGUGCAUGGAAAAGACCAUUGGGAGAGAUGUGGUUUAGCCAUGUAGGGGAACUCUCCAGAGAGGAUAUGGAGGUAGAGGAUGAUCCAGGGAAGAUAAAAAUGUCUUCCUGGAGGUUAAAGCUAAGGAAAGAUGUAAU